UAUGGAUUAUAAAGAGACUUCUCUAAGUGUUCAACAAAUACCGCUGUUCAUUGAAGCUUAUUGUUAUAUUGGACAUGAAUUUGAUGUCAUAUUUGAUGAAUUAAUGGAGGUUAUUGAACGUGAAGUGGGUUUAAUGCUUAUGUAUUACCCACGUUUAAUAUCAGAGUUACGUCUUAGAAGUGCAAAUGCUUAUGUACAACUAUUAUGGAUGUUAUAUAUGAAAGGACGAGGUGUUUUGCAAAAAUUUGUUGCUAAAACAUUUUAUCACGCAAUGGUUUUGACGUGUACAGAUGCAAUUCAAUAUAAAAAUCAGGCUGAUAUUCAAGAAAAUGUUCCUGGAAUUGUUAAUCCUGUAGCUGAACAUACGUAUCAAGAAAUGUUUAAUUUCUGGGAACAUAUUUUUAAAGAUUCGACCUUAACUUGGGUUAUUCGUCAAAGUGGUCAUUCAUCUGAAGAACCUCAAAAUAAUAAUACUAUCAAAGAAUUUUUUUCUAUACUAUAUGAUGAAUUUUUAUCUGCUGUAUUUCGUAUGAUUAGAACUUUAAAUUUUGAUGUUAUAGAUGUAGCAUCUGAUGAUACAACAACUCAUAUUACUGAAACUGGAUCUGAUCAAAUUGAAAAAAAUACCGACUCAAAUUUAAUAGCAAUUGCUGGAUCUGGUGAUUUAGAUAAUUUAAAACCUGUUGUUUCAAAAGAUUUUGUACUUUUUCAAAAUCUUGUUGAUUUCUGGAAAUUAUUUUUAUCAAGGAUCAGACAUGAAUUAUUUUCAAGAUGGGUUUAUCUUUCAGGUGAUACUUUAAUAACAUUUUCUACCCAAUAUCCUUAUGUUAGUGGUUUUUACAAGAUGCUAGGUUCAUGUAUGAAAGUAUGCGAAAUUAUAAAGUUUUUUGAUGGUAUUAAAAAAAUAAAUGAUGAGAAUACUGCGAUUCACGGCGUGCAUGAUCAAUUAUCGUCCUCUGCGACAUCAUUGCAACGCGCGAGUUACUUUCUUUUUACAAAAUUUCUCAAAGAAGUUUGUGUACGACUUGAUCAAUACAAAGAUGAUUUACUUGCUUCAUGCCUUGAUCUUGUUCUUUCGUCUCCUAAAGAGCUACUUAAUAUGGAUAAUCUUAUAUCACCAAUACGUAUUUCAUUAAAAUUGGGUCAAAGUUAUCAACCACUUGCAAAUAUUGGUUUAAAUGCAAUUGAAAAAUUAUUAGAUAUUAAAGAAUCUCAAAAUAUUAAUAAAUUACUUGGACAAUUAUUACCACUUUUAAAUGAUUAUUUAUUGGUUACUGCUGAUUCAAUGGAUAAUUCUCUUAAAGAAAUUGCUCAAGUACGUGCUGAUGCUCAAUCAUUGAAACGUGGAAUUAAAACUGUUGAACAAGCUAGAAAGCAAAAAAUAAGAGAUGUGGAUAGACAUAAAAGUUCUACUUUUGUUGGGAUGGGUCAGUUAAAGAAAAAUGCUGGAUUACAUAAUUUACAAGUACGCGUUCUUCGAAUUCUUGGAAGACUUGGUGGAACUAGUAAAUUAAUAUUUGAACGAAUAAUUGAUAAUGAAACUACAAAUCAACAACAAAAUAUUCAUGGAUUUAAAGAUAAAACUUCAAAUAAUCUUUUGGCUUGGGAUCCUGAAAAACGAUUAAUUUUUAAUAUUCCAUAUCCGGAUACCAAUAGCGCGUUUCAAGCUCGUAGUACGGCAGGACCACAAAAGAGUCCAUUUUAUCGUAUAUAUCGUCGAAUAUUUCCCGCACUUUUACGUUUGGCCAUUGAUACAGAUCAAGUACCAAGAAAAUUGUUUCGUCGUCUUGUAGCACAAAUGAUACAUUGGUUUACAAAUAAUGCACAAUAUGAGAACCCAGAGACUAUUGCGUUAUUACAAUGUUGUCUCGAUGCGAUAUGUGAUACUUGGGGUUCAUUGAGAGAUUAUGGCGCGGAAUGUCUUAAUGAAUUCUUAUUAUGGUCAAUUAAACAGUCAUCUGCUCAGCAAAUGGACGAGAAUCCGACGAACAUUAAAUCAUUAUUAAAGCGUUUAUAUAAUCUUUCUGCACAUCCUGAUUAUACCAAACGCCUUGGAGCUUCACUUGCUGUUAAUCAUAUAUAUCGUGUAUAUCGUGAGGAAGAGUCUUUAAUCGAUCAAUUUACAUUUGAACUCUUAUAUUGGAUUUUAUUUAAUUUGAGACUUUCUGAUCAAGAUCAAGAUGCUAUUGGUACACGACAACAAGCUAUCGCGGCGAUUAGACAUUUGAAAAAAAUAAUUACUGUUAAAUCAAAUCUGUUUAUAACUGAAACAGAAACGAGGCGCAAGUUUUCUAAUCUUGAUAAAGCUGAUUUAUCGUCCUUAGUUAAAUGGUUAUUUAAUGAGACUCGUAAACUGGAACGGGAUUAUGCAAAUAUGUGUAGAGAAUUAUUUUCCGAAUUUGUGACAUUAUUACCAGAACAUAAAAGUGGUUCUCGAUGGGUUUCAUAUGAACUCACAAAAGAUCCAUCUUUUCUAAAAAAUCUCUAUAAAAUUUCGAUAUUAUCCCAAUUACCUUCUCAACAACAUAAUGUGAUUUCAUCAAAAGCCAAAGGAUGGUGUUUACGAUUCUUAUGCAUAUUAGAAAAUUAUACUUGGUUAAUCAAAGAAAAAUUCGUGACACCACUAAUAUUAAUUAAAAAUGAAAGUACAAAUUUUCAAAAAGCCAUUGAUUAUCUUUUAGAUAAAAUGGUAUUAAAUGUUGAUUCAAAUUAUUCACAUGAAAUGAUGGAUGUUGAUGAUGAAAGUAGUUUUAGUUCAAUUAGUUCCGAAAAUAUUUUAACUCCUGGUGAAAGAUUACAAUGGUUAAAUCGUGAAGCACAAAUGAUUGAUCGUUUAAUAGAUUUUUCUAUUGUUAUACUUGAAAAUGCUAAUGAUAAUGAUAUAAAAAGUAUUUGGAAUACAAACAUUUUUGGUAAUCCAUUUUUUAAGACAAUAGCAAAAUCUUUAUUUUAUUUUGAAAGUUUGGGUUUGGAUUUAUUAUAUAGUGGUGGAAAUGAACGUGAUAAAUUUACAAAAAAAUUGGAACAUUUAUUAACUUUGUGGAAAAAACGUUCAAAAUCUGGGGAUUCUCAACGAGAUCAAAUGGUUAAAGAAAUUGCUGAUAUUGCAUUUUCAGAUGAAAUUGAUUUGCUUAGCAUCGAAAUUGAAAAGUCAGAUCCUGCUAGUUACAUUCAUAUUACAGCUGGUUUUAAAAUUUUGGCAUCAACCGAGAUCUUUCCAGAACUGUUUUCUCAUAAUAAUACUUUACAUGAUCUACAUAGUUAUACUGUAUUGAUGUGGGAAAAAUUCAAGUCUCUUAGGAAUGCAGAGGAACCCGUUUGGAUUGAACUUGCGGGUCAUUUACUUACCUUUGUUUUAAGUAAUAAUCCUGAUGCUUUGAACAGAUGGCUUCUCAGUGAUAUCUUGGGCUUUCCAAGUAAUAGCUCUCGUGUGAACUAUCAAGAUGGUAGUCUGUAUUAUCAGAAAUUUUUUUCAAGCAUCAAUGAACAUGUAUCUCGUAAUUUCAAAGGAUUUGCUUUAAUAUUUUGUGAGAACAUUAAUGAUGCAAUAGUAAAAGAUGUCAUUUCGGGUGUAAUUGAUUAUUUAUCCUUCAAGAAAAAUUCGGAACAGAUACUAUUAUUUUUGAACGAUUUCACCUCAUCAACCUCGUCAACCUCUUCAUCAUAUUUUUUGAAUCAGUUUUCAAAAGACCAACGUUUCUUGUUGAAAAUAUGGAAGGGACUUAUAAAGCUUGAUCGCCAUCUAUUAAAGCGUCCAUUUUCAAAUAACUUCAAACAAUUAUUCUUUGAUACAUAUGUAUCAUUUCUUGGAAAAGAGACAGAGCUUGAUUUUAAAUGUGAAGCUUUGGAAAUUAUGCCAGUAUUUCUUAAAUCUGAUAUGCCUACUGAAAAGAUUGAAUCAUGUGUUUCGGAUAUGUUGAAUAACCAAUUUCCUUUAUGGUCAUCAGAUUACAAAUCUGGUGGAACAAGAAAACUAAAUGAAUACAUUUUAGCACUUGAUGGACUACUUAAAGCGAUGGUUCGAUCUGAUAGCGUUAGCCUUUUUAAAAUAAUGCUUCCUAUUUUUGUUCGAGAGAAUGAUCAUAUUUAUAGUGAAGAGUUUUAUCGCCAAUUGGGAGAAUUUGUUUCUAAACUCCCGCGAUCUAAAUUUGUUGAAACCUUGGAAAUAGCGUUCGGAUAUUUCAUGGAUGCAAAGUUUGCAAAUUUUCAUCGAAAUAUAAUCCAAUCAAUCUUAAGUCCAAUAUUGAUGCAAGGAACAAGGAUAUUUGUUGUGGAAUUUUACAAAAAACACAUUAAAGAGUUAAUCAAUAUUAUCGAACAGGAUAGACAUCCAAGGACUGAUUCUGAAUUAGUUUAUGAACUUGAUGCAAAAGCUGGAUCAUUUACUUUAUUACAGAUAUCCUUUUUAUUAAAUUUUAUAUUAUAUUUUUUUAACAUUAUGUAUCUUCGAGUUUCUAAAGAUGACGUUUAUUCAGAAAAAGGAGAAAUUGUUCAAACUUAUUUUCAAGGAAGAAUAUCAAAGGCAAAGGAACUGACUCGUAUAAUAAUGGACCUUGCACAUAAAACCAAGUCAAAAAGCGAUAAUGAUGAAUAUUCAAGCGACUCUGUUAUAGAAGCUAAACUACUACUUCGGUGUUCUGCGUACAAUGCUCUUGCAGCAGCUAUUUUGUGCACACAAGAAAAUACUUCCAAAAAUACUCCAGUGUUUUAUAGGACAUUUUUAUUUUCUGAUAACGUUCUCAAAGGGGAAUAUGUCUGGGAGAAUAUUGUUGAUUUGAAGAUGAAACAUCAUUUCAAUGCGGACUCUGAACAACCAUUUUUUAAGACUAAACUUGAUGAUUUUAGGACGAGAACAGCGGGUUUAUCUAAAGAAACGAAAAAAUCAAGUAGUUUAAAAUACCUUGCGUCCCAAUAUUUGGCAGACUCUAGUGUUUCACAAACCGCCAAUCUUGAUAGUAUGAUAGAGGAAAUUACCCAAGAUUUAAACUCAAGUGUACAAAUUGAAGAUAAUGAGCCAACUCCAAUGGAAGUAGAUGAACCAACAAAGGAUUUGCCAGAACCUAGGGAAUUGGAAAUUGAUUCAUUUAAUCGAAAUCCUUGUAUGAAAACGAUUAUCAGAGUAAUCGAACGUCUUCACACUGAAAUAACAUCACCAAAUACGUCUGAAUCGACACCCAUAUGGAUGAAUGAUUUACAUAAAAAGUUCAUUAAAAAAGCUUUUGAGAAGUAUGCUCCAAUUUGGAUUCGGCCAUUAAUGCAAUUAAUAAUUGAAGGUGAUGCGUAUGGAAAAGGAAUAAACUAUUAUAUUCAGGGGAUGUUUGAAGCAUGGCACGACAUCAUUGUUGUACCAACUCAAGUUAUAUAUGAAUAUUUUAGUAGUUCGGACGAAAACAAAAUUAUUGCAGGCUUACAGUUAUUUGGUAUCGCAUUAACGCAUGACAAGUCACUGUUUAAACAAGAUGUUGGGAUUGACUUUGGCACCUUGACAGAGGAAAAAUUUUAUUGGGAUCUCACUAGAAAAUUAGAUCAUGAAAAAAGCAAUAUACGUUCUCUUACAGCUGAAGUGUGUGGUAUGGCAUUGAAACAUUUACGGAAAUAUCACUGUUCUGAUGACAAGCUUGGCUAUUUGCUUAAUCCUAUUAUGGAUAAGGUAGAUUAUUUUUAA